GAAAUAUAUAAUACUUUAAGCCGUAACGAUACGUAAAAGCAUCUAAAUUAAUUAUGACAGUAACAAUUCAAAUGAUUCUAAACUGUGUAAAUAUGUUUUCCAAGAUUUUUGUCAAAACCGAAUUCAUAAUUGUGUUUGGAUUUCGAUCAAUGUAAAUGUUUACACUGUAGACAUUUCCGUAUUUGUCGGGGUUCGCUUUUGCUCACACAUUUCGUUUGCUUAUCGUCCUGUUGUAGUGUAUAAAAAUGACCUCCCUCACGUGCCACAAAACUGUACAAAUACAGUAAAGCAUCUAUUUGUUAAUCGGACGUCCUAGGCGUAAGUCGUUACAACAUUAAUAAAAUGGAUUUUAUACCAAAUAAUAAAGUGUUAAAAGUAAAGCCAGACACAUUGGAACACAUACGAGAAGAAAUCAAUUUAGGGAAACCGGGAGAGAUGAAGAAUGCUGUUAAUAUUUUGAAAGAAUGGUUACAACAGCAACCCCAUAUUAAAAAGAAAAAUUUCACUGAUCAUUUCAUAGAGACAACGAUGGUAACAGCAAAGGGAUCUGUAGAAGGUGCAAAGAAGCAAAUUGAUAGAGCAUGUACUAUGAGGACUAUGUUACCACACUUCUUUGGUGUCACCGAUUUUACCAAAGACUUUGCGAAUGUUUUCGAUAUUGGAUCAGCCAUCGUAAUGCCGAAGCUUACAGAAGAACAUUACAGAAUAUUGGUGCUAAAAAGUAAAGGAACUGUCACGAGUUCCGCACAGUUGCUUAACUUUUACAGAUUCGGAAUAUGUCUUGGAGAAUACAUGAAAGCACACGACUACGUUGCAAGUUAUCAAUGCAUUUUUGAUAUACGCUUGGCAAAUGUCUCUGAUAUUAUAAAAAAUUUGAAUCCAAUGGAGUUACGACAAAUUAUUACAAUUAUUGUCGAAUGUUAUGGAUUACGAAUAAAAGGACUUCACAUUGUGUCAAACUCAAAGGUUGUGGAUACUUUGAUUGCAAUUUUAAAAACGCUAUUAAAACCGAAGAUAAUACAGCGGCUACAGCAUCACAAAGAUUGUGACAGUCUAAUACAGCUUUUUGGAAAGGAGUAUUUACCAGAAGAUUUAGGCGGUACUGAGCCAUCUGUAAAAGACUUGAGAGAGACAUGGGGAGAAGUUCUGCGUGCACCAGAUUUUACAGAGUAUAUUCGAGAUAUGGACAAUGCCAAGACUGAUGAAAGCUUCCGUCCGAAAUGUAAAUUUAAUGAGGAAUAUGCGGGAAUGCCUGGAACUUUUAGAGUUUUAAGUUUAGAUUAAACAAAUGUAAUAGUUAUAUAUAUAGUAUAUUUGCACUUCAAAUAUAUUGAUAGUUAAAUUAGCACUAGAUAUGUAAGAUUUUUUUAUAUGUGUUUAUCUUAUUGUAUUUCAUUUUUAUAUCAAAGCAUAAUAUACUGAUUUGGGAUAUUAAAUAUACGACUCGUUAUAGAAAUAAUAUGAUCUUAUGAAUACAUAAGAUAAUGAAAGGCGAUUGAGCAGUACGAUCUUUAGAACUUUGUUCAAAUAACAUAAUUCACUAAUUGAUAUGACUCAUAAUAAAAUCUAAAAUUCCUUUUAAGACAAAUAUGCACGCCAUUAUUUGUGGCAGCUUCCGAUUAUACCACUAUAAUA